GUUCCUUGCGCUUCUCAGACUCACUUCCUUCUUAACUGUUCGCUCCUCACAAUCCCUUUUCGUCGCUCGAGUUUUUCUCUCCCAAGCCCACGCCUUUUUCUUCACUGUCUUCUUUGUAUUUGUAUACAAGCAAGACCCAAAUACCACACUCGUCACUAUUUGUUAUAUGUGUAUAGAUAUAGAUACAUUCAAUCACGUGAAGCUCAAUUACAGAUCUUCAAUGGCAGCCUCGUCAAACCUAAAUCAGGUGCCCACAAGCUCUAUUCCUCCCUAUGACGUCCUCGGUUUGUACAAACCAUCACAGCCUCAACCAGACAUGUCGUACCCUCCUCCCCAGCAAUACCCGUUCCACUUCCCCAAUUACCCUCAAAAUCCUCACCUCCAAAACCACCACAACAAUAUCCCGCAGCGGUCUCUCUCCUAUCCAACGCCGCCUUUACAGCCGUCCCCGAACUCGGGUGGAGCCCACAUCAUGGCCCUCCUCCGUACUCCUUCCUCCAGUUCGAACCCUGAGUCAACUGUGCCAUCCACGGCACCGGUGAUGGAGUUUCCAGCGGGGUUAGUUGGGCCGCCCCGUAUGCCGAGCAGCAAAGUGCCGAGGGGGAGGAGGCUGGCCGGAGAUACAGCGGUGGUGGAGUAUGACGUCGACGUGAGGAUGCCAGGAGAAGCGCAGCCGCAGCUGGAGGUCACGCCGAUCACCAAGUACGGCUCUGAUCCUCAGCUUUUUGUGGGAAGGCAGAUUGCGGUGAACAAGGUGUACAUAUGUUAUGGGUUGAAGCAGGGUAAUGUGAGGGUUCUUAAUAGCAACAACGCGUCGAGGGCUCUGUUUCGUGGUCACGGUCAGAGGGUCACAGACAUGGCUUUCUUUGCGGAGGAUGUUCACCUUUUAGCUAGUGUGAGCAUAGAUGGACGGGUUAAUGUAUGGAAGAUCUCUGAAGAACCUGAAGAAGGAGACGAGCCAGUGGAGAUUACAGGAAAUAUCGUGAUUGCUGUUCAAAUUGUGGGAGAGGGCGACGUUGUACACCCAAGAGUUUGCUGGCACUGUCACAAACAAGAGGUUUUGGUAGUUGGGAUUGGUAAAUGUAUCUUGAGAAUUGAUACUACAAAAUUUGGUAAGGGUGAAGUCUAUUCAGCGGAGGCUCCUCUGCAGUGUCCUGUUGAAAAGCUGAUUGAUGGAAUUCAGAUUGUUGGUAAACAUGAUGGGGAAGUAACUGAUUUGUCAAUAUGCCAAUGGAUGAUCACCCGUUUAGUUUCUGCCUCAAUGGAUGGCACGAUAAAGAUUUGGGAAGAUCGUAAAGCACAACCACUUGCUGUAUUGAGACCAUACGAUGGCCAACCUGUUUACUCAGCUUCAUUCUUAACUGCUUCAGAUCGGCCCGAUCACAUUAUACUCAUCACUGGUGGACCCCUGAAUAGGGAGUUGAAGAUUUGGUCCUUGACCACUGAAGAAGGCUGGUUGCUGCCUGGCGAUGCUGACUCCUGGAAGUGCACACAGACUUUGGCAUUGAAGAGCUCAGCGGCCACUCAAGUUGAGGAUGCAUUCUUCAAUCAAGUCGCAUCAAUGUCUCAUGUAGGCCUCCUCUUACUUGCGAAUGCUAAGAAGAAAGCCAUAUAUGUUAUACAUCUUGAAUAUGGUCCUAAUCCAGCAGCAACCCGAAUGGAUUACAUAGCAGAGUUUACUGUCACAAUGCCAGUCUUGAGUUUUACCGGGAUAUGUGACAUGUUACCUCGUGGCAUAUGCGUUCCUCAAAUCUAUUGUUUCCAGACGCAAGCUAUUCAACAGUAUACUUUGGACUUAUACCAGUGCCUUCCACCGCCUUUGGAGAAUGUUUGUUUGGAGAUGUCACGUUCCAAUAUUUCACAGGAUGCAUCUAACUGUGAAGAACUUACUGCUUUCGACCCAUAUGAAAGCAAAACUUCUGAGGUUCCUGUAAUUGCUUCAGCACCCAAACCAAUCGCACAAGUUGGUAGCUCUGAAAGUGGGAUUUCUGUUAGGUAUCCUCCAACCUCAGAUUCUGUUGAGGCAACUUCUUUGCCAGAAAUCAUGACCUCAAAUUUAGAAUCUAAAUCUGUUUCUUUGGCACCAGCAAUUGGCAAUACUGACAUUGGUGGUAUUAGGUCAUCACCUCUUCCUUCUAGUCCUCGAUUGUCUAGGAAACUUUCUGGUUUUAGAAUGCCAUUAAAUAGCUUAGAGGCUGGUGUCCCGCCCAGUGAUCUUGCUGCAAAACAACCAAGUACGACUUAUUCAGGUGACCAGCAAAACGAUAACACGCCUCCAAAGUUGUAUGAAAUGCCUUCCUUUAAUAAUGACUCAGCCAAAGAUGAGAGUAAAGGAACUCAAGCUGAUAAUACUAAUUUGCUUGCAUUUAGACACCCUACCCAUUUGAUAACACCUUCUGAGAUAUUAAUGGCUGCCUCUUCUUCUGAUGUUACUAGUCUUAUUGAGGGAAAAAGUGAGGUAGAUGCAAAUACUCAAGAUGUGGCUGUCAAUAGUGAUGGGGGCAAUGCGGAGGUGGAGGUUAAAGUAGUGGGUGAAACAUCCUCUUGCAAUGAUGAAUUUGGUCCCCAUGGAGAACCUUGUAGCCGUGUUUCUGAAAACAAGGAAAAGUUCUUUUGCUCCCAGGCUUCAGAUCUGGGAAUUGAAGUGGCAAGGCAGUCCUCUGCAAUAUCAGAAUACAAUCUCGUUGAAGAGGAGCCUCAGCAAGUUGAUAGUGUUGAAUCAGAAAUUCUCACCCAACUUUCCAGAGCUGAUGAUGAAAUCCAUGAUUCCAUGAAAGAUAUGUCUGUUAAAUUUUCUGAGUCAGUUGUAUCCACUGCAGUAAGGCAAUCACCAUCUCCAAGUUCGAAAGGGAAAAAGCAGAAGGGGAGGAAUUCACAAGCAUCAGGUGCACUUUCUCCAAGUGUUCUCAAUUCUGCGGAUUCUUCCAAUGGACCAGCUGGUAGUUCUAAUCCCAUUUCAGUAGAAGCUGCUCUUCCUCAGGUGCAAGAGAAGCUUAGCCAGCUCAUGCACAUGCAGAAGGAGACCCAGAAGCAGAUGUCAAAUAUGGUUGCUAUCUCUGUUUCCAAAGAAUGUAGGAAAUUGGAGGCAGCUCUUGGACGGGCCAUUGAGAAGGCUGUUAAGGCAAAUAAUGAUGCUCUGUGGGCUCGCAUGCAAGAAGAGAACUCCAAAAAUGAAAAGUUAUUGAGAGAACGUACGCAGCAAAUGUCAAACUUAUUCUCGUCAUUUAUGAACAAUGACUUGAUGGCUAUGUUAGAGAAAGUGGUGAAGAAGGAAGUGACUGCAAUUGGACAAAUUGUAAUCCAUACAGUCACUCCAAUCAUUGAGAAGACAAUAGCUUCAGCUAUUGCCGAUUCUUUCCAGAGAGGAGUUGGUGAUAAGGCAGUGAAUCAGCUGGAGAAGUCUGUUAAUGUAAAACUUGAAGCUACUGUUGCAAGGCAAAUUCAGGCACAAUUUCAAACUUAUGGAAAGCAAGCCCUUCAGGAUACUUUGAAAGCUGGUAUUGAAGCUUCGAUAAUUCCUGGCUUUGAGACCUCAUGCAAAGCAAUUUUUGGCCAAAUAGAAACUGCCUUUCAGAAAGGAAUGGUUGAACAUACAAAUGCAGCUCAGCAGCAAUUCGACACUGGUCAUUCUCAGUUGGCGAUUUUAUUGAGGGAUACCAUUAACACAGCAUCAUCUGUGACUCAAACCCUAAGCACGGAAUUAGCUGAUGGUCAACGAAAGCUGUUUGCUCUUGCAGCAGCUGGAGCAAACCCAAAUGUACUAAACCCCUUGGUCACCCAAUUGAGCAAUGGAUAUUUGGGUGGUCAACAUGAGAAGGUUGAGGGGACUUUAGAUCCAAAACAGGAACUAUCAAGAUUGAUAUCUGAAUGCAAAUAUGAUGAGGCUUUCAUGAUAGCUCUGCAAAUAAGUGAUUUGUCAAUUAUCUCCUGGUUGUGUUAUCAGGUUGAUUUGCAAGCCAUGUUGUCAAAAAAGCCGCCUCCUUUGAGCCAACCAGUGCUGCUCUCUCUUUUGCAACAUCUGGCCUUUGACAUAAACACAGAUAUACCCCGGAAACUGGAUUGGAUGACAUCUGUAGCAAUUGUUAUAAACCCGGCAGAUGAAACGAUCAUUGCGAACGCCAUGCACUUUCACAACAUCAUUGAUCAAGUAUACAAGAUACUGCACAAUCUACUCAGUUCACCUAAUGUUACAGAUAAGACCCGCGUUCGAGCUCUCAUAUUCAUUGUCGAUUCCCUAAUGAUGAAAAUGUAAAAAAACGAAACUAGAUGUGUAGUUAUCAUUGUGCAGAAUAUGGGUAGAUGUUUGUACAAUUUUUAACUGAUGUUGUUUGAAAGGUUUUUAGCUUCUUUUCCCUUUUGGGAAGGCCUGUUGAAUUGUGAAAGUAGUAGGUCAGGAUGCUUUUUUGCAUUACUCCCAUAA